AUGGUAUCUACACGGCAUCACCCAAGGCCGUUUCCUGAAGCUCCCUCUCCAACCGGGCGUUCUUCUGCCACCAGCAGUCCUGCGCCGCCGUCGCCCACCUCACCGACUCCCAACGGAAUGACCGCGGUCGCAAAGGCGCGCCCCGUGCGGAAGCGCAAAUCCGCUGCGGCAACCACCAACACUUAUGCUCAUGUCAUCGAACCCUCCGUCAUCCUCUGGCUAUUUGUCUCGCUGAUCCUGGUGGCUUGGGAUACCGGCUACAUCUUCAUGCGACCACUGUCCAUGCCGGGCGGCUCGGCGCAUUCGCCCGUCUGGUCGCCAUAUGCCCUAUACGGUACCGUCGAUUACAUUUACGGCUGGCCGGCCUGGAACGAUGGCGUUGGCUUCACCGCUGCUCAGGGCUUUAUGAACAUCAUCGAGUCUUCCAUGUAUCUGUACUAUCUGUACAAGGUUUUCCAACACGGCGAGGGCACUGGGUGGUACAGCGUCUGGGACACGAAACGCUGGUCUCAGAAGGCAGUGGUCGAAGGCGACGGCAUGGCAACAGCUGUACUCAUCUGCUUGACCGGCGCUGUCAUGACUGUGAGCAAGACCGUGCUGUAUUUCCUCAACGAAUACUUUUCAAGCUGGAUGAACGUCGGACACAACAACUGGUCGCGGCUCAUAGUCCUCUGGAUCAUUCCCAACGGUGCCUGGCUUGUGGUUCCCACCUGGGUCAUCUAUCUGCUCAGCCGGGAGGUCGUCUCCGCCAUGCAACUCGCGGGGAGGAGUGCACCAGAAAAGGACGAUUAA